GCUUCUGCAGCCUAUUGUUUCAGACAACAGAUAUAAGUUGCGAUGGAAGAGGAACGUCGGAUUUGGUGUCUGUCCCCCAUUUCCAAUUAUAGAUGGAUCAUUACAGACAGAGAAGUACUGAGAAUCCAGACAUCUGCUCUUCACAUGAAUGCACUCACCUCCUAGAGAACAGCCUGCCAUCAUGCUCUGGAAACUGGUUGAAAAUGUCAAGUAUGAAGAUAUCUACGAGGACCGGCAUGAUGGAGUGCCCAGCCACAGUUCCAGGCUGUCCCAGCUGGGAUCCGUCUCCCAGGGACCCUACUCCAGCGCUCCUCCGCUCUCUCACACCCCAUCCUCGGAUUUCCAGCCGCCUUAUUUCCCACCCCCCUACCAGCCUCUUCCUUACCACCAAAGCCAGGACCCUUACUCCCAUGUCAAUGACCCCUACUCCCUAAACCCAUUGCAUCAACCCCAGCAGCACCCCUGGGGACAGAGGCAGAGGCAAGAAGUGGGAUCAGAAACCGGGUCACUGCUGCCACAGCCUCGGGCCGCCCUGCCCCAGCUCUCGGGACUGGACCCCAGGCGGGACUACCACUCAGUAAGGAGGCCAGAUGUCCUUCUACACUCAGCUCACCAUGGCCUUGACUCCGGCAUGGGGGACAGCCUUUCUCUGCAUGGCAUCGGACACCCAGGGAUGGAGGAGGUCCAGUCAGUUGAAGAUGCCAAUAACAGCGGUAUGAACUUAUUGGACCAGUCCGUCAUUAAAAAAGUUCCGGUUCCUCCAAAAUCUGUUACUUCUUUGAUGAUGAAUAAAGAUGGCUUCCUGGGUGGAAUUUCAGUCAAUACCGGAGAGGUUUUUUGCUCUGUACCCGGCCGCUUGUCUUUGCUUAGUUCAACUUCAAAGUAUAAAGUAACUGUGGGAGAAGUUCAAAGGCGCCUUUCUCCUCCCGAGUGUCUGAACGCAUCUCUCCUAGGAGGAGUACUUAGAAGAGCCAAAUCGAAAAACGGGGGGAGAUCCUUGCGAGAAAGGCUAGAAAAAAUCGGUUUGAAUUUACCAGCCGGCAGGCGUAAGGCCGCAAAUGUCACUUUACUCACGUCCCUGGUGGAAGGUGAGGCCGUUCAUUUAGCUCGGGAUUUUGGGUACAUCUGCGAAACGGAGUUCCCAGCCAAAGCUGUUUCUGAGUAUCUGAACAGACAGCACACGGACCCCAGCGACCUCCACUCCAGGAAAAACAUGCUGCUUGCUACAAAGCAACUUUGUAAAGAAUUUACGGAUCUCUUGGCCCAGGACAGGACGCCCAUUGGAAACAGCCGGCCCACCCCUAUUUUGGAACCGGGCAUUCAGAGCUGCUUGACUCACUUCAGCCUCAUCACUCACGGCUUUGGGGCCCCCGCUAUCUGCGCUGCCCUCACAGCCCUUCAAAACUACCUGACUGAAGCUCUCAAAGGCAUGGACAAGAUGUUCUUGAACAACAACACUGCUAACAGGCACACAUCUGGCGAAGGACCAGCUUUGCCCGCUUGGCUUAUGAGCUUCUUCAAAGAGGACUAGAGAUCCCUACACAAUAUAUCAGCAAGUAAAAGUCUCAACUUUUGUCCUCUACCUGUGAGCUGGACAUGUGUGGCAACAGAAACGUGGGAACGAUGCAGGCCCAAGGACCACUGACUCCUCUGGAGCUGCUCCUCAGUCGUGUGUCUUUGGUUCUUCUGGGGCAGAGUGCUGUGGGAACCUCAUGUGAGAAAAGGGGGAAACUGAGACAGAUAACCUUUUCCAUGGGCUGCUGGAAUGAGUUGGAGGUAGCCUUCAACCCUGGAAGGUUCCUGUCGGGGAUUUUGGUAAUUGGCAGGACCCUGCAGAUGUCAUCAGAGGAGGUGUGGAUCUCUCAGUGAUGAAGAUCUCAUGGAUCUCCCAUCUGUAGGUUGGGGAUCCUCAGACUAAAAAGCAGCCCUCAGGGAGCUCCUGAUCCUCCAAAUCCUACCUGUUGCAAAUCACCCAGAUAUUAGCAGGUCCCUGAGGGUGGACAGCCCUGACUCCAGUGCAGGGCAUGCCCCAGCAGUGAUGUGCAGGAAAGGAAAUGGCUACAUGUGUGUGUAUCUGGUGAGGAGUGAUUGGCAUCAAAAGAAUAUUCUGUUUAUUGAAGCAGAGCACAAGGUGUCAGAUAUUGCUUUGCCAGCCCUCUGCAAAAAGCCUUGGUGAGGAGCCUAUGGGCUCAGGUUUCCAGCAUCACCCAGCCUAGCAGGGCUUCUGGGUGUUGAGGGACCCCAAGUUAGCACUCAGUUUUUCAUCUUCCCAGCUGCACA